AGCAAACACAUUUCAAAAUAGUUUUUCUAAAAUACAAGAUACUUAUUGAGCAUGUGCCUUGAUGCUAUUGAGACUUGAGAGAACUUUAUACAGGAUUCUCCACCUGAGAUUUGGGAGAAGACUACUUUUUCCUAAAAUCUUUUAUCAAAUAUCCUACUUUUCCCCUACCUUCUUUUUACUUUUGUGCGACAAAUUUCCCCUAUUUAAAAGAAAUUCUUAUACUUCAUUAGCAUAUCUGACUAUCUCUCAACAAACAUAAAACACACACAACAAAAAUGGUUUUAGCUGUGUCAAAAACCGAAAAAGAUGAUACGGUUUCUGUGGAUUAUAAAGGAAACCCCGUUGACAACUCGAAAACUGGUGGCUGGCUUGCAGCUGGGCUUAUCUUAGGAACUGAACUUUCUGAAAGAAUAUGUGUGAUGGGGAUAUCAAUGAACUUGGUGACGUACCUGGUUGGAGACUUGCAUCUUUCUUCAUCAAAAUCUGCAAACACGGUAACAAACUUCAUGGGGGCUCUCAACAUUCUAGCCCUCUUUGGGGGAUUCUUGGCAGAUGCUAAACUUGGUCGUUUUUUAACCAUCGCUAUCUUUGCAUCUAUAUGUGCUGUGGGAGUAACACUAUUGACACUAGCAACAACACUCCCAAGCAUGAAGCCGCCUCAUUGUGACAACCCAAGAAAAGAACAAUGUAUAGCAGCCAGUGGAAACCAACUAACACUACUUUAUGUGGCUCUUUACACCAUAGCAUUAGGUGGUGGUGGCAUAAAAUCAAACGUUUCAGGAUUUGGGUCUGACCAAUUUGACAUUAAUGACCCUAAGGAGGAGAAAGCAAUGGUCUACUUUUUCAAUAGGUUCUACUUUUGCAUAAGUCUCGGGUCUCUGUUUGCCGUAACUGUAUUAGUGUACAUACAAGAUAAUGUAGGUAGAGGAUGGGGGUAUGGGAUAUCAGCCGGGACUAUGAUUAUAGCUGUUAUUGUGUUGCUCGGAGGGAUAACUUUAUAUCGGUUCAAGAAACCCCAAGGGAGUCCACUAACAGUUAUAUGGAGAGUGGUGUUUUUGGCUAUAAAGAAUAGAAAGCUACCUUACCCUGCAAACCCCAGCUUCUUAAAUGACUUUAACAACUCAAAAGUUCCACACACAGCAAAGUUCAGGCCUCUUGACAAGGCGGCAAUACUAGAUGAUUAUGCGGCUUCAGAUGAAAACAGAAGCAAUCCAUGGAUAGUUUCAACUGUAACACAAGUUGAAGAAGUCAAAAUGGUUAUAAGUCUCAUCCCUAUAUGGUCAACAUGUAUCCUCUUCUGGACAGUCUACUCUCAAAUGAACACGUUCACCAUUGAACAAGCCACUCUCAUGAACAGAAAGGUUGCAGGCUUUAGCGUACCCGCAGGCUCCUUCUCGGUUUUCCUCUUCCUAUCUAUUCUACUAUUUACCUCUCUUAAUGAACGGGUCAUUGUCCGUAUUGCCCGAAAGAUAACACACGAUCCAAAAGGACUCAGAAGUCUUCAGAGAAUUGGAAUCGGUCUAGUCCUCUCGGUGGUAGGAAUGAUAGCUUCUGCUUUAGUUGAGAAGAGAAGACGUGAAAUGCACCGAAACCAAAUGAAAGAGAUUUCCGCUUUCUGGCUUGUCCCUCAAUUUUUCUUGGUGGGUGCAGGAGAAGCUUUUGCUUAUGUGGGCCAACUUGAAUUUUUCAUUAGAGAAGCACCCGAGAAGAUGAAAUCUAUGAGCACUGGGCUAUUCUUGAGUACCUUAGCCAUGGGGUAUUUUAUGAGUAGUGUAUUAGUGUCAUUGACUGACAUGGCUACUGACGGGAGUUGGCUUAGAAACAAUUUGAAUAGGGGUAAACUAGAAAACUUCUAUUGGCUGUUAGCAAUUCUAGGAACAAUAAACUUUCUGGCUUUUCUAAUUUUAGCAUCAAGACAUCCAUAUAAAGUGCAGAAGUAUACGGGACCUAGUAAUGGUCCAGAUAAAGAAAUUGAGAAUUGGAAUAUUGAUGACAUAGAGGUGAAGAAGGCAGCCAUUGGAGGAAAGGAAGAAGCUUAGUGCAUAUAAUUAUCAGAUAGAUUCAUAUAUUUUGGUGCUAGAUGUUUCAUGUUUGAUUAUAUUUUGAGUUGUUUCUUUAUGCUUUGUAACAGUAAAGCAUUUGUGAAAUAUUAAUAAAUUCUCUUUCUUCUAA